AUGCAGGAGCGCUGGGAAGGCCAGCUCCAGCAGUUCCUGAAAUCUCUGCAGCCCAUUUUAGCGGGACGGGGAAGCUCUGGGACGUCCGAGGCUUCUCCUUGGGAGGACACCAAGGAAUUCCUGGCCUCCUUUGAGCAAGUGGCCAAAGCUUGCCGAUGGCCUCGGGACCAGUGGGCGGCCCAUCUCCUGCCAGCCCUGAGCGGAGAAGCGGAAGAGGCCUUCCGAGGUCUGGAAGCCAGAGACCAGGAAAACUAUGAGAAAGUGAAGGCCGCCAUCUUACGGGGGGAAGCCCUGAGAACGGAGAGGCAGCGGCAGCACUUUCGACAGUUCUGCUGCCAGGAGAUGGAAGACCCCCGGAGGAUCCACAGCCAGCUCCAGGAGCUUUGCCGCCAGUGGUUGAGGCCGGAGAGACGCACCAAGGAGCAGAUCCUGGAGCUGCUGAUCCUGGAGCAGUUCCUGGCCAGCCUCCCACCGGAGCUGCGGAGUUGGAUCCAAGCCAGGAGGCCGGAAUCGUGUCCCCAGGCGGUGGCCCUGGUGGAGGACUUCCUGAUGAGUCAACAGGAGGCCAAGAGCAGGACACCUCAGGGGCGUUUAAAGGAAAAACCCGUGGAUUUCCUUGUUGCAGAGAAAGAGCCCUCGAAUGCCGUGAACGGACCCGUCUACGGUGAAACUGAUCUAACUGUGGAUGGCAAUUUGCUGGGCAGUGGACCAAAAUACUCAAGUGUCUCCCCUUUGCCAUUUCCUCCUGAAGGAGAAGAAGCGGGCCAGACUGGUGGGAAAGAGGGAUCCAAGGACCUCAAGGAAACUGGAGGGUCUUUGCAGAUCGUAAAGCAGAACGUGACCCAGCCAGGCCAGCAGACUAUGCUGUGGCAGGUCCUGCAGGAGGAGGAGGAGGAGGAGGAGGAUGCAAAUGCAGAUAUUUUGG